UUUUAAUAACCACUUCAGAUCAAAAUAUUUGUUACCAAUCUAUCUCUUGCUCUUAGUGACUGCCAGAAUGCUUUAUUCUAAGAUUACUGCGCUGGCGGUAGCCAUCUUGCCUCUCUUCGUUACUGCCAGGUUUUACUAUCCUGCAACUACUAAUGUAAGGCUAUACAAUGAGCCUAAUUAUGAUGGAGAGAUCCAAGACCCCUAUAUUCAUCGCUGCACUGAUUUAGACCCACCUUUGAAACAUAACCUUGGAUCUGCACAAAUCAAACGGGGCCAUUACUGCGAUAUUUAUAGACACGCAGGUUGCAAUGGUUACGAAGGCCGCGUAUAUGACGGAAAUUGGCCAGAUCUUUUGCGAUAUGAUCCAUUGUCGGUAUACUGUGAUAUUCUUUCACGGGAAUAACUGCAGUGCAUUGUUUGUUUUCGUAGGGGAUUAUCUUCCAUCUCUGUCUGUAUAUGGUCCUGUUAUGGUUUUUACCCCAAUCAGGUUGGGUUUUCCCAUAUCCUUGGUGCGAAUGCAGGGGCCUUACAACUGUAUCUUAAUGUUAAUUCUUAAUGAACCUAGUCAACCACUAA